AUGAGCAUCAAAGAAGCUUCCGAGAGCACAACAGAGACGUUCAGUCUCGUUGAUGCUAGUAUCUCGGAUCUUCAGCACGCUCUGAACUCGGGAUGGAUAACAAGCGUCGAUUUGGUCGCAAGAUACCUCCAACGGAUAAGCGUAUAUGAUGCUUCCGGGCUCACAUUGAGCGCCAUUCCCAUUCUGAAUGCAUCCGUCUUCGAGGAAGCGGCCGCUUCGGAUGCUCGACGAGCCGCCAGCUUACCACCUAGAUUCCUGGAAGGCAUUCCGUAUCUAGUCAAGGAUAACGUCAAAGUGAAAGGAAUGCCAAUCGCCAACGGAUCGCCGGCCUUUGAAAGUCUUAUCGCCACGGAAGAUGCAGCAUGCGUUCAGAUUCUGAGAGAGGCAGGUGCGGUCCUUCUGGGGCGGACAAAUAUGCCCGCUAUGGCAUAUGGAGGGAUGCAGCGCGGUUGUUAUGGCCGGGCUGAGAGUCCUUACAACCCGGAGUACCUAACAGCUGCGUAUGCAUCAGGAUCGUCCAACGGGUCCGCGACGGCUACAACGGCCAAUUUCUGUGCUUUUAGCUUAGGAACUGAGACUGUCUCCUCGGGCAGGUCUCCUGCUUCGAACAACGCCAUUGUUGCUUAUACCCCGUCCAAGGGCUUGUUGCCUCUUCGCGGAGUAUGGCCACUAUAUCCGACUUGUGACGUUCUUGUGCCACAUACUCGCACCAUGUCCGAUCUCUUCCAUGUCCUUAAUGUGUUGGCAGUUGCGGAUAAAACCCCGCACGGUGACUUCUGGAACGAGCAGAAGAUAAUCACUAUCCCUUCUGUGGCAGAUACUCGGCCAGACAAGUUCAUGGAGCUUGAGGGCAGGCGCUCACUGGAAGGGAAAAGGAUCGGAGUACCAACCAUGUACAUUGGCGGCGCCUGUUCUCUCCCAGACAAAGUGUGCACAAGGCCAUCCAUCUUGAAGCUCUGGGAGACAACCAAGGGUGCUCUGGAAGCCUGUGGUGCCACGGUAGUCGAAGUGGAUUUUCCACUGGUAACAACUUAUGAAGCCAAAGCUCAUACAGGCCAACUCGUCAACGUCGACGGUCUUCCGGAAGGCUGGCCUGCAGUCGAAAGAUGUCAGCUAGUUGCCCAUGCUUGGGACGACUUCUUAUCUUGCAACGGGCAGGCCGGGUUGAACUCCCUUUCUUGUGUUGAUCCUGACACGAUAUUCCCCCUCGCUCCGGGCUCUCUUCCCGGGGCCCCUGACGCAGCAAACGCGCUCAAAUGGCACGAGAUGGUUGAAUAUCCCCAGAAGAGACAUGACUCGAUCUUCCAAUUUCCGAAGCUAGCACAAGCGCUAAAUGCACUGGAGAAUGCUCGAAAGGAGACACUGGAGAAAUGGAUGGAUUGCCAUAAUCUGGAUGCGGUCGUGUUCCCUGCGAACGGGGAUGUCGGACGCGCCAACGCGGACAAAGACCCUGACUCUUCUCUCUAUGCCUGGCAGAAUGGGGUUAAAUACUCCAAUGGCAACCGGCCAAUUCGUCACCUAGGUGUGCCCACGGUGUCUGUGCCGAUGGGCUUAAUGGAAGACACAAGGAUGCCGGUAAAUCUGACCUUUGCAGGCAAGGCAUAUGAGGACAACAACCUCCUGCGCUACGCGUUUGCCUUUGAGCAGGCGACUAAACAUCGUGUGGCUCCACCUCUUGUACCUGAGCUGGACUCUGAUUUCAUCAGUAAGAGCGUCCCUCAUUACCGUUCAGAGACUUGCGCGCGGACACACUUGCCUCAGCUUCAUGUUGUGGUGCAGUCGAAAGAACUCUCCAACUCAAACGUUCAUCUUGAAAUCCAAGGGACCCUGCAGAUAUCUGGUGAUUCGAAGUUGGAGCGCAUCUCCUGCUAUGUCAAUGGGAUCUGCACGGAUAUCAAGGUCGAGGCUGAGAGAUGGAGUCUGGCAACAACAUAUCCAGCAUCGCCCCGUGACAGCACGUGGUCUCGGUGGACAAGCCCUGCUUCGAAACAGACAAUCAUUGUCCUUGUAGCUUAUACGGAUGACGGCCUAGCGAAUGGGAAAUUGCUCCUCUUGUAA